AUAGUCCCCACGGUAGCCAAGCAGCCCGCCUUCCGCCCUGAGUUUCCUUGCCUCAGGCUAUUCCUCCUUGGUUCACUUCGGACCCUGAAAACGCCAUAAACAAGGAGCAGAGUGACCGAGGGAAGGGCGAGCCCCAGGGCGGCAAACGUUGCCAGCCUAAAGAGAGCCUUAAGAGGGUCGGGACCGCCCGCCGCCUUGCAUUGGGCCUCUCGCGUCGGGAGCGGCCGGCCGGGCGGAGCCUCUGUUGCCACGGCCACCGCGUGGCGGCUUGUGGCGUCCGCGGUCGCCCGAGGAGCCCCGAGAUGAACAGGAAGAAGCAGCAGAAGCUCGCCGAGUCGCUGUGCAGAACCGCGAGGCACUUCAAUAAAUUUGAAGUGGAAUGUCUUAUAAAGCUUUUCAACAAUUUGGGGGUGGAACCCAGCGACCGGCAUGCUGCUGUUGGUUUGGAUCGUAACUCCUUUCGAAAUAUCCUGCAUGUCACAUUUGGUAUGACAGAUGACAUGAUUAUGGACAGAGUGUUCCGUGCUUUUGAUAAAGACAAUGACAGCUGUGUCAGUGUAACAGAAUGGGUAGAAGGUUUAUCAAUAUUUCUUCGGGGGACACUGGAGGAAAAAAUAAAAUAUUGUUUUGAGGUCUAUGACAUGAAUAGUGAUGGAUAUAUUUCACGGGAGGAAAUGUUUCAUAUGCUGAAGAACAGCCUGCUAAAGCAGCCAUCAGAAGAAGAUCCUGAUGAAGGAAUUAAAGAUUUAGUAGAAAUUACCUUGAAGAAAAUGGACUAUGACCAUGACGGCAAACUCUCUUAUGCGGAUUUCGAAAACGCUGUGAGAGAUGAAAACCUCCUUUUAGAAGCAUUUGGACCAUGCUUACCUGAUAUAAAGUGCAGAAUGGCAUUUGAAUCACAAGCAUUCCAAGAUAGUCCCGAUCUGUAGCUCUACAAAUGACUUAUACUAUGUGAAUGUCCUUGAAAAUC